GUGCUGUAUGUCAAAGGAUGUGAUUCCAGAUGUUCUCAGCACUCAUCUAUUUCGAAGGAGCAGAGCACCUGUACGCUGCAGAGCCUGUGAAAAUUACGUUUAUUUAAAAGGCAGCGAAUGUCAGAAAUGCGGUAUCGUGUGCCAUAGGAAGUGUUUAAAGAGUUUGUCUAUCAAAUGUGGUGGCCACCCAUUGCCCCAUAAGGUCCCAACAUUCGGGGUUGAUUUCUCCACACAUUUGUGUGCAACACACUGCACAAUUCCUUACGUGGUUUUCAAAUGUGUAAAACACAUUGAAACCACUGGAAUGGAUAUCAAGGGAAUAUACCGUGUAGCUGGAGCUAAGAGCAAGAUGCAGAGUUUGUGCAGAAGCUUCGAGAACGGGUUGGAUCUGGUCGAGCUGAAUGACAAGUCGCCUCACUUGGUUUCAUCUGUCUUGAAACUUUAUCUCCGACAGCUACCAGAACCACUUCUACUGCAUUCCAACUACGAGGACCUGAUAAGGAUUGCUUUGAACCAGCAAGAAAACGGAGCUGAUCUCCAGACCCUGCUGAAACAACUGCAUGCAAUCCUGGAGAAGCUUCCCAAAGCUAACAGAUUCACACUGCGUUUUAUUGUUGAACAUCUAAACAGAAUUAGUCUUAAUGAGGGGCUGAAUCAGAUGACGUCAGUUAAUCUGGGUAUAGUGUUCGGACCUACCCUGAUCAGACCGAAACACGAGCACUCCUCGGCUAGUAUCGUGCACAUCAACCAUCACAGCAUGAUCACCCAACUCCUUAUUGAGAAUCCAUCUGCUUUUAUCAUAUCAGAUGAGGAGUCAGAAUAUGCGCGUUACCGUGAGAACCCAAAAGUAGCCUCAAUGUCUGACGUGCUACCCAUUAAAACACGUGACAGUAUUAAACUGUUCACCCAAGACGAGGAUUACCUGGAUUACAUACAGAGCUGUUUGGAGAAGAGAAGCCGGAGGAAAGCUAGUAAACUUGGGAGAGGUUACGCUGGAAAAACAGCUUCUGAACCUAAUGUUUUAGAGAUAAGCAAGAAGACGAGAUUAGUGACUCCCCGGUUCCCUGGUGAGGGUAGUGAGUAUGUAGCCAGUGAUGAUUCUCACACGCGCAUCGUACGUGCCUUUAGUGAACCCUCUAAGUGUGACGAAUUUGAUAGUCAGGAGUACCUGAUGGCUCGCAGUGAUUUGAGCAAUGUUUCCAGCGACCUGAGCAGUACUGAGAAUCUUCUGGACUCAACUGACGACGCCUCCUUCCCCGACACGGACGAGGACGAAACGUAUUUACAAGAAUAUGUGGCACAACAACUACACAGCGUUAAAGCGAGACUCCAGAUUCUUCGAACAUAUAGUCUCAGUACAAGUGACAGUGAUGAAAUAGACGGGACCGUGCUCAACGUGAAAUGUGUCCAAUCAUCACAGAGCGAAGUCAGCAGUGAUCCGUACGUAUCAGCUUACAACGCAAGACUGGUCAACCUGGGAGUGAACCAAUCCCUUGUCAGACCACGCCUUUCUUUGGAAUGUGCAGAAACUUCAGACAUUUGCUGAAAACCAUCUGCCAAUUUGACGUCCUGUCAGCUGUACGUCAGCUAUUUUCUUAUUCCUCCUUCUGUUUGUUAGUUGUUAUCCUGCACCGUUAAUAGUAUAAGUUAAAAUUGUUGAAGCUGUAUUUCACACAAGGUAUAAAAUAUAAAGUAUCCAUGAUGAUAGACAGAAAUCAUAUGGAUUUCCUUUUAAGAGAACAAACUGGAUAGGAAUAUUAUUCAUUUCCCGUUCUAUUUAUUUAACGAGUACUCAAAUUAUGUUUAUACACGUUAGCUUAGGAUUAUAGCACUAGCAGCUGGAAGAUUCUUAUCUUCAUGAUAUCAUAGUGGACAUAUUCAGAGUUCUCUCUUGAUAUGGAAGAACAUUUUAAAUGAAGUCUAAUUGAAACUUAGAUCAAAAAUUAAGAGAAGGACCUAAAUUAUAGUGACCUAAAUUAUAGUGAUAUCCAAUUUCAAAUGUGUCCACUAAGAUAGAAGAUUUUUCCGACACACCGUUAAGUUUCGAUAAUAGGUAAAUAUAUUGUCUCAAAUCUCAAAUUAUUUGUCAAGUUGUAAACCUAUUUGUCAGUAAAUACGAGAUUCAGUGAUCGUGUUUUACAUACGAGUGAUAGGGCACGUUUUAAGUGUUGUAUUAAACAAUCGGUACUGUAAAACCAUUUUUUUUUGUGGGUACUGAUUUUACGGAUUUCUUGAAUUGGAUCAUUUUCGCGGCAUCAAUUUUCGUGAAUUCAAAUGAUUGAAUUCACAGUAUGUCACUUGGACAACAGAAGAGCCUUUUAUUAUCAAAUUGGGUUUUUGUUUCACUGAACUUAUAUUGUUGAAAUAGUAAUGCAAUAUGCAAUAAUGGGGGGGGGGGGGGGCAAUAAUGGUACACUUUAACACAUUUUAUACUAAUAGUUACAAUUUUUAGGGGAUAUUGACUUUUAUUUCCGAAUCGAUUAACAUUUUGUUUAGUCACUCUUCAAUGACGCCCUCGUUUUAGCUGCAGACUAUAUAAUAUAAAGGACAAUUAGAGAAACUAUAAGAUUAUUAUUCUAAUCUGCAGUUUAAAGUGCGUUAAUUGCAGGAUUGAUUGAUGCAUAUAAUUUUGGUUCUUUGGACACAAAUCAGAAUAUUAAACAUACGGAACCGCUAGAUCUAGACAAUGAAAGUGUUUUUCUUUUAUUUCUUUUUAAUCAUUUCUCGUUUGAAUGUACAUGCUGGGUAAAGUUUAUCGGAGGUGACAUACUUCAUCAGAUUUCUUAAACCAAUUUUCACUAAUUGUAGUGUCUUAGACGUAUGCUCAUCAGUGACAACCAACCAUGUGUGUGAUAGAAACACGAAACUUCCAAAUAUUAGGAAAAUAUAUACCUGCUUAAAAUUAAUGAGGGUUUGAGCGAAUUUGUUUUUUAUAAUAAUCUCUUUUUCUUGCCCUUCUAAUCUGGUACCACUGAUGAACACACGUUAAAAAGAAUUGAAUUUUACUGACUUUGCCCAAUAUCGUAUGCUGAUUGGCUACUGCUGAUAUUAACUGUAAUUACUGAGGAGGAUUUCGGUGUUUUUCGCUAUUACAAAUAUAAAUAUCCUCCCCAUAAAUGAAGUGCUAACCGAAUAUUAUAUAACAGAUCACAGUAACUGUAAUCUUUAUUUGCAUUUAUUAUUAUUAUUCCAUGCUUGUUAUUAAUAUAGAAUAUAUUUUUGUUACUAAUUAAUCAUUAUAACCUCAUUAUAUAACCGUUUAAUGUUUGUAUGGCCUGUGUAAAGUAUUGCUGUAUUUCUUAACCUAAAAUGUGACACGCAGUUCGAUAAA